AUGACAGUAAAUAUGACUCAAACUGAAUGGGCUCCUCAUGUUUCCUUUGACGAUCUGGCGCCCUCGAUUGUUGACGAUGAACUACAGGACGGUAAGAACGGCGUGUGCUUAUUCGGUGGUAGUAGAAACAGCCAUUAUAUACAUGCACCACGUCAUUCCAACCAACUGUAUUCAUCACAACACAGUAGUAAUGCAAGUGGCGAAUGGUCGUCGCCGCCCAGCUCAUUCCAAGGAUUCGGUACGUGGAAGUCUACUUUAAAGCCACGACAACCACCACUCCCAGAGACAUCUUCAAUGAAGCCUACGGAGCCUGCAUCAACGGAUAAGCUAGAGCGAUGGGACUCUACGAGAGACUACGAUUUGGAGACUAUGGAUUGGCAAGAUGAGCGGCAGAUGGAGAGAGAUACGGAUCUUAAUACUGAACGGAACUCUGGUUCGAGACAUGGGUAUACUCAGGCUGCCUUUUUGCAGUUGCAUGAACCUGAAGAUAACGUAGCCAAACCAAGAAAGAAGAGUUUUGCUGGGAUGAGCGAUGAAGAUUUGGCCAGAUUAGAGGAUUUUUACAACUCAAAGAGUAGAUCGACUAAGAAACCGACUAUGGAUAAAUUUGAUUUCCAUGAACAGAGAUCUUUGGUUCUAGACAAACCUCCUUGUAAGAAUAGAGGUGUCCAAUGCGCUAUUGUAGAUCCCUUAGCACUCGUUUACCCAACAAGACCUGUAAUUACCCAUAGAGCCAUUUCAUUGACAACACAGAAUGCGGAUUUUGAUGAACCAAGACGUGUAGUAUCCUGUUAUAUAUCUGGUAGACGUCAUACUUGGUCAGCAGCUGAUUGGUAUGUGGAAAACCAAUCAAGAGAUGGUGAUCAUUUGAUAAUUGUAACUUCAAUUUCUAAUUUUGAGAAUCGAAUUAUGGAAAAUAAUGCAUCUAAACGUAAUCCUCAAUUGACAAGGUCGUUAUCAGCAACUGAUAACUGGUCGAAUCCAUCAUCAUCAUCUCACGGUUCACAUAGUCCAAGUUAUCUGGGAAUUCAACCCAGGGACAUCCAUAGGAAGGCAAAGGCUACAUGUCGAAACAUUUUGAAUUAUUAUGCAUUUAGAUUAAAUCAUAGGGUUAUUAGAAUUACUGUUGAAAUGGUUAAAGAAGAUUCUUGUAAGGAUACAAUUACAAAGACGAUGGCUCUUUACAAGCCUGAUUUACAAAUUGUUAGUACUGUCAGUACCAAUGUUCAAAUUAAGUUUAAAAAUGGUAAAGUAAAACUUCCGAAUUUUAUUAUAAGACAUUACAGCGUGCCCACAUGCAUUGUUCCCCAUGAAUUUAUUGAUCCAAGAUUACUUAGAGAAGAUGCCGGCACACCUUUUGCAGAAGAUCGAACACUUUCGCCUGAAAAGCAAUGGUUGUUACCGCCCAAGAAUCUGCGAGACCGUUUACAACAACUGGAUCAAAUUAUUAACAGGACGUUAGUCAACCCAUUUGACCCUAAAGACACCGAACCUGGUUAUAGUGAUGCUUCUGUAGAAGAAUACUUCCCUAUAUCAAAUGAACAAGAACGUAAGAUGGAAAGCUUUGAACAGUUGGGUUAUGUGAGACCGAAACCAAGUAGGCCGGAUAUGUGUUUAGAUUGGGGGGUCUCCCCAGACACACCCAAUGGAAGUUGUAAAAGUUCUAGGAGUCCUUCAGUCGUCUCUAGGAGUUCAAGACUUUAUGAGAAUAGUGUUCCUGCUUAUAAAGUAAAAUCAUUAGUCGACCUGGAUUACGAUAACGGCGACAACGAUGAUAAUGGUGACGGAAAUAGAAAUUGUCCGUCAGUAGAAGCGAAUCGUAAUCACCAUCGUCAUUCUAAGAAAAUAACAAGACCUCAUCUCGAAAGAAGUAAGACUACAACGGCAGCUACGAAAUCAACAUCAACAUCGGAUCACUCCAUCCCAAUAGUGGAAAAGGGUAAAAAUAUCUACAAGAAAAAGGCUAUGAGCACCCAAAGUAGCCCCACAUCGCCAGCUGGUAACCGUCAUAGUGAAAAGAAACAAAAGGGCACAUUCGGUUCUUUCUUUAAAAAGAUGUUCGGCUAA